GGGCCGAUUCUCGCGCGGGGGGGCACCACAUUUUUCCAGACAGUGGAGCAGCAUGUACAAUCAGAGCAUGUGGAGAGAAGCUCUCCUGGUGGUGACCUUGUGUGCCGGUCUAGCUCUGGCGCAGUUCCCCCGGGAGUGCGUGACCCCUGAGGGUCUGCUCAGCGGCCAGUGCUGCCCGUCCCCGACUGGGGCGGCCGGGGACGAGUGCGGCUCCAGCACGGGGAGAGGGCAGUGUGUGGCCAUCGCCGCUGACAACCGCCGCCACGGGCCGCAGUACCCGUACUCUGGACGGGACGACAGGGAGAGGUGGCCGCUGAGAUUCUUCAACCGCACCUGCCAGUGCAACGGGAAUUUCAGUGGCUACAACUGCGGGCAGUGCAGACACGGACUGACCGGGGCAAACUGCGAUCAGAGAGUCGCUGUGGUAAGGAGGAAUAUCAUGCAGAUGACUGCAGCCGAGAAGCGGGCUUUUGUGGAUGCCUUGAACCAGGCCAAGAGCACGGUGCACCCUGACCUGGUGAUCUGCACGAGGAGGUAUCAGGAAGUGUUGGGCCCGGAUGGCAACAGCCCACAGUUUGAGAACAUAACCAUUUAUAACUAUUUUGUUUGGAGCCACUACUACUCCGUCAGUAAAACCUACCUGGGGCCGGGCCAGGUCAGCUUCGGAGGCGUCGACUUCUCCCACGAGGGCCCGGGUUUUGUCACCUGGCACCGUUUUCAUCUGCUCCAACUGGAGAGAGACAUGCAGAACAUGCUGGGAGACCCCUCUUUUGCCCUGCCCUACUGGAACUUUGCCAUCGGAGGCAGCGAAUGUGACAUCUGCACCGACGACCUGAUGGGAGCCAGGAGCGCCUUCGACAUGAACUCCAUCAGCCCUAACUCCGUGUUCUCUCAGUGGAGGGUCAUCUGCGAGAGCGUGGAGGACUACGACACCUUGGGCACCAUCUGCAACAGUUCAGAGAGUAGCCCCAUCAGGAGGAACCCGGCGGGCAACGUGGCGCGCCCCAUGGUUCAGAGGCUGCCGCAGCCCCAGGACGUCCUGGACUGUCUGGAGCUAAACACCUUCGACACUCCUCCUUAUUACUCCACCUCCUCCGAGAGCUUCAGGAACACCAUUGAAGGGUACAGCGCCCCCCAGGGGAUGUACGACCCCGUCAUCCGCAGCCUCCACAACCUGGCCCACCUCUUCCUCAAUGGGACAGGGGGUCAGACUCACCUGUCUCCCAAUGAUCCCAUCUUUGUGCUGCUGCACACGUUCACCGACGCCGUCUUUGACGAGUGGCUUCGCCGACACCAACCAGGUGAUGUGGUUUACCCCGAAGAGAACGCUCCCAUCGGACACAACCGCAGGUUCAACAUGGUUCCCUUCUGGCCUCCGGUCACAAAUGCGGAAAUGUUUGUCAGCGCGCCGGAUAGUCUGGGAUAUUCCUACGAAGUCCAGUGGCCAGCUCGUCCCCUCACUCUGUCUGAGAUUAUCACUGUGGCCGUGGUGGCGGCAGUGGUGGCCGUGGCGGCGUUGGGGGGCCUCAUCGCCUGCGCAGUCCGAGCUCGUUCCCACCACUCGGCUGAGGCCCUGCAGCCGCUGCUGGGGGAAACCUUCCGCCGCUACUCAGAGGAUGACAGGAGAUUGGACAAGUCGCAGUCGGUCGUCUGAUCCCCCACACUUUCCCUAGAAAGGGGUCUUGAGAUUUGUUUGUUUUCUAAUUCAUCGGUUUCUUCUAAUAAAGUCGAACUGGUUUCAAAACCACAACUGGGAUGUGUCUGUUUUUGCAAAAGGCUGCCAUUCGAAGGGGUCAAAGGGCAGCCAGGAGGUCAUGAAAUAACAGCUGUAAUUUAGCGUUUAUGCUGCUCAGCCUCUCUAGUGUCAAAACCAUCAUUUCACAGGACAGAACGAAGGACGAAGAUUGUUUUCUGCAGAUCGCUCUGCCCACAACAUCCAACUGACUGAGAGAUAAACCCGAUAAUGUCACACAGACAAUUUGAUGCUCGUGUUCUCAUUCCUUGCAUUUCCUCUGUAAACAACAGGCGUUGGGCUGUAGAAGGAGACGGCAGUCUGGUCUUAAGACGGGCCUUUUGCUGCAGGUGCAAAUUUGUUUGUCUUUAAGCCCGAGGCCAUCUGGCAAAUCGCACCACUUAAUGUUAAUCUACCAUCCAACCACUGAUGAAGCCAGAUUUCCAUGCUGUUUUAGCAGCACACACACUGCCCCCAUGUGGAUGGAUGCAGUCCUGCAAGUAGAUUGUUUUUUUUUUCUUUUUUUUUUACACUAGUUUUAAACAGUUGCAACACGAUUUCAAAUAAAUUGAUUAGAUGUUGUUAUUGGCUCAUAGAUGCUCUAAAGGUGCUUUGGUAGUUUGGUGCUCCAUAACAGGUGUACGUUUUAGAUAAACCACAGAGAGUACACUCUAAAAUGCACUAAAA